CCCUCUGCAGGGGAACCCUUCUUCCUCCCCCUGCUUCUGCUUCACACCUUUCACCAGUUCACACACCUCACCACCUCCUCCAAUGGUGAACACAAUGGCGGUAAUCCAAAUGGGAGGGAAAACAAUCAAAACAAGAAAUUAAAUGAGAAAACGGAGAAGAAUCCAACCGAAAUCAAGAACACACGUAUAAAAAGCCCACCACCACCGGUUCUCUCCUCUCCCACUCUUCCUCCUCCUCCUCCUCCUCGUCGUCGUCUUCUUCUUCUUCUUCUUCUUCUUCUUCUUCUUCUUCUACCGAGAGGUAGUCGUUGGCACGCUCCGACCUCGGCCUCAAGGCCGGCCUAGCUACGCUACGCGGCGCGCACCAUGUUCGGCGGCGCACUCACCCUCCUGCUGCUCGUCGCGGCUGCCGCCGCCGCCUCCACGGCCAAUGCCGCCGUCUCCUACGACCACAGGUCCCUCGUCAUCAAUGGCCAGCGCCGCGUCCUCAUCUCCGGCUCCAUCCACUACCCUCGCAGCACCCCGGAGAUGUGGCCGGACCUAAUCCAGAAGGCCAAGGACGGCGGCCUCGACGUGAUCCAGACCUACGUCUUCUGGAACGGCCAUGAGCCAGUGCAGGGUCAGUACUACUUCAGCGACCGGUAUGACCUAGUGAAGUUCGUGAAGCUGGUGAAGCAGGCCGGCCUCUACGUCAACCUUCGCAUCGGCCCCUACGUCUGUGCCGAAUGGAACUUCGGUGGAUUUCCUGUCUGGCUCAAGUACGUUCCAGGCAUCAGCUUCAGGACUGACAAUGGUCCAUUCAAGGCGGCGAUGCAGACGUUCGUGGAGAAGAUCGUGUCGAUGAUGAAGUCGGAGGGGCUCUUCGAGUGGCAGGGCGGCCCGAUCAUCCUCGCCCAGGUGGAGAACGAGUACGGGCCGAUGGAGUCGGUGAUGGGCAGCGGCGCGAGGCCGUACGUCGACUGGGCCGCCAAGAUGGCCGUCGCCACCAACGCCGGCGUGCCGUGGGUCAUGUGCAAGCAGGACGACGCCCCUGACCCCGUGAUCAACACCUGCAACGGAUUCUACUGCGACGACUUUACCCCGAACUCGAAGAACAAGCCUUCCAUGUGGACAGAGGCCUGGAGCGGCUGGUUUACGGCUUUCGGUGGCACGGUGCCGCAGCGGCCGGUGGAGGAUCUGGCGUUCGCCGUGGCGAGGUUCAUCCAGAAGGGCGGCUCCUACGUGAACUACUACAUGUACCAUGGCGGCACCAACUUUGACCGGACAGCUGGCGGCCCGUUCAUCGCGACGAGCUAUGAUUAUGAUGCGCCGAUCGAUGAAUACGGUCUGCUUCGGCAGCCGAAAUGGGGUCACCUGACGAACCUGCACAAGGCCAUCAAGCAGGCCGAGCCGGCGCUGAUCUCCGGCGACCCGACGGUGCAGAACAUCGGCAACUACGAGAAGGCGUACGUGUUCCAGUCGAGCACCGGCGCCUGCGCGGCGUUCCUGUCGAACUUCCACACGAGCUCGCCGGCGAGGGUGGUGUUCAACGGGCGGCGGUACGACCUCCCGGCGUGGUCCAUCAGCGUGCUGCCGGACUGCAAGACCGCCGUGUACAACACCGCCACGGUGACGGCGCCGUCGGCGCCGGCGAAGAUGAACCCCGUGGGCGGGUUCACCUGGCAGUCGUACAGCGAGGCGACCAACUCGCUGGACGACAGCGCCUUCACCAAGGACGGCCUCGUCGAGCAGCUCAGCAUGACGUGGGACAAGUCCGACUACCUGUGGUACACCACCUAUGUCAACAUCGACUCCGGCGAGCAGUUCUUGAAGUCCGGCAAGUGGCCGCAGCUGACCGUCUACUCCGCCGGCCACUCCGUGCAGGUGUUCGUCAACGGGCAAUACUUCGGAUCUGCCUACGGCGGCUACGACGGCCCGAAGCUGACGUACAGCGGGUACGUGAAGAUGUGGCAGGGCAGCAACAAGAUCUCCAUCCUCAGCUCCGCCGUCGGCCUCCCGAACGUCGGCACGCAUUACGAGACGUGGAACAUCGGCGUGCUCGGACCGGUGACGCUGUCCGGUCUCAACGAGGGGAGGAGAGACCUCAGCAACCAGAAAUGGACAUACCAGAUCGGGCUGAAGGGGGAGAAGCUGGGGGUGCACUCCGUCAGCGGGAGCUCCUCCGUGGAGUGGGGCGGCGCCGCCGGCACGCAGCCGGUGACGUGGCACAAGUCCUACUUCAACGCGCCGGCCGGCGGCGCGCCGGUGGCGCUGGACCUGGGCAGCAUGGGGAAGGGCCAGGCGUGGGUGAACGGCCACCUCAUCGGCCGCUACUGGUCGUACAAGGCCUCCGGCAACUGCGGCGGCUGCAGCUACGCCGGCACCUACGACGAGAAGAAGUGCCAGAGCAACUGCGGCGCCGCCUCCCAAAGAUGGUACCAUGUUCCUCGGUCAUGGCUGAACCCUAGCGGCAACCUGCUGGUGCUACUCGAAGAGUUCGGCGGCGACUUGUCAGGCGUCUCGCUGACGACGAGGACGACAUGAGGAAAGAAUUGGAAAGGAGAUGAGAUAUCAGAUUGUGCAUAAUUUAGCAGAGGAAUUGCAGAAUUGGGGGAUUCGGGGAGGAGAGGACGGCGGGGGAACAUAUCAAUUAUUUCUUGGUCAUAUCCAUACAUACGGCGUAGAUACGGAUACGGUUUAUGCUGGGUAUACGUACGUACAUACGUAUACGUAUAUGAACUAGUAGAGUACUGUUAUUUAUUGAUGGCUACCGACCGACCUGCCGUGGCUGGCCGUCCGUACGCCGGAGCGGUUGCAGGAACUGCAGCUCCGGCACGUCGGCCGUUGGGUGAGAGGUGGCUGUCCAUUAUUAUUAUUAUUUACUAGUAAUUUAUUCUGAGCCGUUGAUGAUGGCUUUGAGAUGCGUGCACAGGUCCUUGGUUCUCUUUACUUUGCCUCCGUUUUCAAAAUUCUAUGAGAAAAUUUGCAACGUUUAGUUGUAAAUGGGAACAGUUCUGAGUUUUAUGUACGAUAAGUUAUUGCUGCAUGAUUUAUCCAGGAGGGGAAUAAUUGUUCUUUUGUAGUACUAUUCUGCACCUACUUGUGUGCUCUGCAUAUUUGUUUGUUCUUCCCAGAAAUUAAAUGGUGAGAUUUAUUUGUAAGUGUAAACUAAUACUAUACACAGAGAAAUUAAAUGACAGCUGCACAACUG